AUGCAGCGCGCCGAGCUGCGGGAGGGGGAGGCGGCGGCGGCCGCCGCGGCCUCCUACCGGGUGCUCAGCCGCCUGCUGGGCUACGGGGCCGGGCCGGAGGCGGGCGCGGCGGGCGGCGCCGUUACCGGCGCGGCGGGCGCGGGGCCGCUGGGCCCCGGCGGCGGGCGGCUGCCGGCGGCGGCGCUGCCGGGCGGCGGGACGCUGCGGGCCCCGCGGCCGCCGCCGCAGCUGAUGGUGUUCCGCAACGCGGCGGAGGGGCGGCCCGGCGAGGAGGGCGGCCCGGCGGCGGGCGGCGGCGGCGGCGGGGGCCCGGCGGGCGGCGGCGAGCUGCUCUGCCCGCGGCACCGCUGCGCCCUGGAGCCCAAGGCGGCGGCCCGGUGGGGGGCCGCGCCGCCGGGCGGGCUGGAGCUGCAGCUGGCGGCGCUGGGGCUGCGGCCGCCCGGGCUGGGCGCGAAGGGGCCGGCGGGCUGCCCCUGCCCCUGCCUCGGCCCGCCGCCGCCCGCCGGGCCCGCCGCCGAGGAGACCAGCGACGCGCUGCUGGUGCUGGAGGCGCUGGAGCCCGACGAGGCCGGGAGCUGCUCCGAGGAGGAGCCGGGUUCCCCCGGCCGCGGGGCCGCCCGCGCCGCCGGGAGAGGAGCCGCCGGCCCCGCGCCGCCGCCCGCGGCCCCCGGGGGAGCCGGAGCCGGCCCCGGCGCCAGGAAGGGCUCGCUGAAGAUCCGCCUCAGCCGCCUCUUCCGCACCAAGAGCUGCAGCGGCGGCUCGGCCACCGGGGACGCCGCCGCCACCGAGGGCCGGCGCACCGGGGAGCUGCCCGCCUCGGCCGGCAGCCUGACCGACGUCUGCGGGGCCCGCGGCCGAGAGCAGGAGGCGGGCAGGAAACACAGACUGACAAGAACUCAAAGUGCCUUUUCCCCGGUUGUGUUCAGCCCCCUCUUCACAGGUGAAACAGUGUCACUAGUGGACGUGGACAUCUCUCAGCGAGGACUGACCUCCCCUCACCCUCCGACUCCGCCACCUCCACCACGAAGAAGCCUCAGCCUGCUAGAUGAUAUCAGUGGGACGCUGCCUACAUCUGUCCUAGUGGGUCCAAUGGGCUCCUCCCUGCAGUCUUUCCCUCUGCCUCCGCCUCCUCCGCCCCAUGCCCCAGACGCCUUCCCACGGAUUGUGCCGCUGAGGCCGACGGAGGCGAUGCCCGGCCAGCCCGCCCCGCACCUGCAGUGUCCGCUCUACCGCCCGGACUCCAGCAGCUUUGCAGCCAGCUUGCGAGAGCUGGAGAAGUGUGGGUGGUACUGGGGACCGAUGAACUGGGAGGACGCAGAGAUGAAGCUGAAGGGGAAGCCGGAUGGGUCCUUUCUGGUCCGAGACAGUUCUGACCCUCGUUACAUCCUGAGCCUCAGCUUUCGGUCGCAGGGCAUCACCCAUCACACCAGGAUGGAGCACUACAGAGGGACCUUCAGCCUGUGGUGCCAUCCCAAGUUUGAAGACCGCUGCCAGUCUGUGGUGGAGUUCAUAAAGAGAGCAAUCAUGCACUCCAAAAAUGGGAAAUUUCUCUACUUCCUCCGAUCCAGGGUUCCAGGUCUCCCUCCAACACCUGUCCAGCUCCUGUAUCCAGUCUCCAGGUUCAGCAAUGUCAAAUCCCUUCAGCACCUUUGCCGCUUUCGGAUCAGGCAGUUGGUCCGAAUAGACCACAUCCCCGAGCUCCCGCUGCCCAAGCCCCUGAUCUCCUACAUCCGCAAGUUCUACUACUACGACCCGCAGGAGGAGGUGUAUCUGUCGCUGAAGGAAGCUCAGCUCAUCUCCAAACAGAAGCAGGAGACCGAAUCCUCCACGUAGCGAGGCUGCCUCGCCCGUCUUGUUGCUGUCAUUGAUGGAAUUUGAUUGUUGCCAUCCUGUAGCCCGAGUCAGGCUGUGGUGGGAAGGAGGCACGCGACGGUGAAGUCUGCUUCUGCGGUGCCGCUUCUGCUCUCAAGCUCUCUUGUACAGAGAAGAGGGUUCAAGACUCCUAAGAAGCACAGCAGAACGGGAAUAAGAGCCUUGGCUCCUGACUGAGGGAGAGGGGUCUUGGAGACAGCUGAGCCCAGCUCGUGGACUCGUUGCAGAACAAAGAAUGUCAUGGCACUAUUUACAAUU